UUCUUUAUGAGACAAGUCAGUGUCGAGCUUUGGGGUUCAAGCGUUGGGGCGAGACGUUCCAGUGGGGUUGAGAGCGUCCACACCAGCUGGAAAUGGCUGUUACCGAACCUCGCGUCAGUGGUGGUGACUUUGGACUGGGAGAUGAAGAAGACCUGUCAAAUUUGAAAGAACAGGCUGUCGUCAUCUCACGUGCCAAAAAGCCGCAGCUGACGCAUCAAAUCCUCUUCCAGGACAACGGCCUCAAGAAGGUCGUCAAAGACUUCCCAAAGUUGAAGUUUCAGGGCAAGGGCCACGAAUUUGAGGAUCUCAAGGUUCUCAUGGCCGCAUACAAGAAGUGGCUGAAGGAGUUGUAUCCAUACAAGGAUGAUUUCGAAGAAGUCAUUUGGAAAGCCAGAGAAGUCCUCCAAAAAAAGGAGAAUACUGAAACAGGAGAAGAAUCAGAUCCACGCCAUCAUUUGCACAUGCUGAGAUUUCAGUACAAGAAGAACAAGGCGAAUGCUGGACGAGAUUCUGAAACGGCAAAGCGGGUUGCCGAGAAUCGUGCGAAAGCAUUGGAAAGGAAGAGGCAGAGGGAAGCACAGGCAGCAAGUUCGACGACCAGUGCAGCGAAUACCGCUGGGCAAGAUUCCGAAACGGCAAAGCGGGUUGCCGAGAAUCGUGCGAAAGCAUUGGAAAGGAAGAGGCAGCGGGAAGCACAGGCGCAGCUACCAGCAGAUAUCGAUGAUGAAGAUGCCUUUGGAUUUGGUGCACCAGAAAUGUUCGAGGAUGUCUUUGACUUCGGAGACAUGGAAUAGACCCAGAUGUGUCCGACGUGAGAUGCGGCUCGUGAUGCGUUGUGAGGUUCGUGGAGAACUGGGAAAUCCCAGUGCUGAAAUCACGAAAUACAUCCAAAGUCAGCGUGUUGGCUCCCUGUAGCUCCUCAUGUCACGCCAGCUGAGAAAAGAUGGAGUGACUCGGGCUGACGGUGAC